CCACUCUAUGAUCCAAGGCAUCCGGAGGUGCCCCUGGGUUCUAUCUGAGCGCUUCCGGUUCCGCCGGCCGGACCGGUCGCCAAUGGCUGUGCGGUCUCCAUGGGGAUGGAAGAUGGCGGCCCGAGACCCAUAUCCCCUCCCCACAGGUGGGUAAAACCUCAUCCCUGGUGUGGCAACCUGCCUCAGCUCCUAUUCCUUGUCUCCUCCUCCCUGCCCGGGGUGAUUCUGAGUCUCCAGGAAGGAUCCCUCUGCUCCAGUCUCAGGCUGUGCACUCCAGAGCUCAGCUGUAGGGAGCAGGGAGAGGCUGUGGUGCAGGAGGGGAGCCGAAGCCCCUCUGGCCCUGAGGAUGAGCUGGCUCUGUUCUCUGGAAUGCACACGCUGAGGGCCCUGGGAAAGGAAGAUGCUCCGGACUAGUAACUACAGCCUGGUGCUCUCCCUGCAGUUCCUGCUGAUCGUCUAUGACCUCUUUGUCAACUCCUUCUCGGAGCUGCUCCGCACGGCCCCCGUCAUCCAGCUUGUGCUCUUCAUCAUCCAGGAUAUCGCCAUCCUCUUCAACACCAUCAUCAUCUUCCUCAUGUUUUUCAACACCUUCGUCUUCCAGGCCGGCCUGGUCAACCUCCUCUUCCACAAGUUUAAAGGGACCAUUGUCCUGUCGGCGGCUUACCUGGUUCUGAGCAUCGCCUUCCACAUCUGGGUCAUGAACCUGCGCUGGAAAAACUCCACCCGCUUUGUAUGGACGGACGGGCUGCAGGCCCUCUUUGUGUUCCAGAGGCUGGCGGCCGUGCUGUACUGCUACUUCUACAAGAGGACGGCCUUGCACCUGGGGGACCCCCGCUUCUACCAGGACUCCCUAUGGCUGCGCAAGGAGUUUGCUCAGGUCCGCAGCUGAUGGCUUCCUCCAGGACCCAGAGCCGUGGCCGGUCCAUGGCUGCUCCCAGCUGGCUGGCAUGGAGCCCCCCAUUCCACCUGCACUCUCUAUCAGCUGUCUGAGAAGCCAGUGUCUCUCAAGCCUGGUCUCGCACUCCAUCUCAUGAACUAAACAGGCUGGAGAGGUCCCAUCAAGAGACGUGUCAUCCUCGCACCUGCUGCUUUGCUGGUUGUCCGCUCAGGCUCUCCCUCAUCCCCAGGCUCUCCC